AUGUUCAAAAAAUUCAAUGGAAUUGUUAUUUUAUUUUUUAUUUUAAAAAUUUAUUCUGAAGGAGCACCGAAGAAGAAAAAAGCUAUAGCGGAAAGCAUAGGAGACACAAGUGUUUAUCAACCGGAAAUCCCUGCUAAUUAUUAUGGACAACCCAAUCAAGGAUAUGAAGUAGGAGGCUCUUCAUCUGCCCUAACAGGCACUUUAGCUACAAUUGGAAAUCAUUCUUGUGAGUGGGAAGGAUGUGGACAUGUUUUUGAUAAUGCUGAUACUCUUCUGGAACAUGUAUAUAAUGAACAUAUAGGAAUGGAAGAGGUAUAA